GCAGCCGCCAGUACCGCAGUGUCCUCCCCCCGGCCUCCCUCCUCCUCCCCGGGCUCCUGUUACAGGCCGCCUCCGGUCACCUCCCCCCGGCCGCUGUGUCUGAGCCCCGCCGUCUCCCGCAGUCUCCCCCCGGCUGUACGUACAUGGAGCCCCCCGGACCCCCGUCCUGACACACAGCCAGCAGCGAGCUCUCCGUGUCCGGCGCCGGAGCUGGCCGGGGAAGGAGGGGACACCCCGGGGAUAUAUGGUGGUAUCGCGGCCCUGCUCCGGCACCAUGCAGCCCCCUCCGCGGAAGGUGAGGGGGGGGACGGGGGUGAAAGUUACACAAGAGCUGAAAAACAUUCAAGCUGAGCAGAUGACAAAACUGCAAGCCAAGCACCAGGCAGAAUGUGAUCUACUAGAAGAUAUGAGGACGUUUAGUCAGAAGAAAGCCGCGGUGGAGCGGGAAUAUGCGCAGACAAUUCAGAAAUUAGCCAGCCAUUACCUGAAGAAAGAGUGGCCUGUAGUGAAAGCGGAGGAGAGGAGCGAGUACAGGAACAUAUACACCGUGUGGAAAUCCUUCCUGGAAGGGACCAUGCAGGUAGCACAGACCCGUAUUAACAUCUGCGAGAACUACAAGAACUUGAUCUCUGAACCGGCCAGGACCGUGAAGUUAUACAAGGAACAGCAGCUGAAAAAGUGUGUAGACCAGUUGACAAAGAUCCAGACAGAGCUGCAGGAGACAGUGAAGGAUUUAGCGAAGGCCAAAAAGAAGUACUUUGAGGCUGAGCAGAUGGCUCAGGCAAUGCGAGAAAAAGCCGACAUCGAUGCCAAAUCCAAACUUAGCUUGUUCCAAUCGAGGAUAAGUUUACAGAAGGCCAAUGUAAAGUUAAAAGCACGGAGACAAGAGUGCAACGCCAAAGCUACCCACGCACGGAACGACUAUCUCCUCACCCUCGCAGCUGCAAACGCCCAUCAGGACCGUUAUUACCAGACGGACCUGGCUAGCACCAUGAAGACACUUGAUGGGAAUGUAUACGAUCACCUGAAGGACUAUCUCAUGGCGUUUAGCAGGACGGAGCUGGAGACCUGUCAGUCUGUACAGAAUACGUUCCAGUAUUUGUUAGAGACCUCCAGCCGGGCGUUCAUGCAGCUGAAAUUCCCCUUCUCGGUAAUGCGAGAUCACAACCUCCAGGUGUUCAUUCAAGAGAAUCCAGUGUUUCACAAGGCUCAGCCCUUUCAGUUCCAGCCCAGCGACAGCGACACGAGUCGACAGUUGGAAUCCGAGACUGGUACCACGGAAGAACACAGCCUGAACAAGGAGGCACGGAAGUGGGCCACUCGGGUGGCGCGGGAACAUAAGAACAUCAUCCACGGCCAACGUGCGCUGGAUGAGCUGGAAGGUCAGAGCACGCCGGCUUCCGAACAGGGUCGGAUGGAACACGAGCAGAAGAUUGAGGAAAUGAAAGAGAGUGUUCGCAAGGCAGAGAUUACAAAGCUGAAGGCUGAAUCCCGUCUCGAUCUCUUAAGGCAAACUGGAGUUUCUGUGGACACGUGGCUAAAGAGCGCAAUGAACCAGGUGAUGGAAGAACUGGAGAACGAGCGAUGGGCGAGUCUUCCCACCAUGAUCAAUAAUGGCUCUUCUCACUUGGGGGGCACCGAUGUGGACAGAGAUGACAGCGAGGAGCUGGAGGACAGUAUGGAUGCGUUCGAUGACAGUAGCUCAAGUCCUUCGGGAACGCUGAGGAAUUAUCCGCUGACCUGCAAAGUCAUCUACUCCUACCAGGCAUCUCAGCCAGAUGAGCUGACUAUAGAGGAACAUGAGAUGAUGGAAGUGAUCGAGGACGGAGACAUGGAAGACUGGGUCAAGGCAAGGAAUAAAUCUGGGCAGGUGGGAUAUGUCCCGGAGAAGUAUCUCCAGUUUCCUACGUCCAACAGUCUGCUCAGCAUGCUCCAGUCCCUGGCCGCUAUGGACAGCCGCUCCCACACGUCCAGCAAUUCUAACGAUGCCGAGAUGGUCUCGGGAAGCAUGAACGGCGACUCCAGCGUCUGUUUUGUGAAAGCACUUUAUGAUUAUGACGGCCAGACGGAAGACGAACUGUCGUUCCCGGAAGGAGCCAUUAUCCGCAUCCUAAACAAGGAGAAUCAGGACGAUGACGGCUUCUGGGAGGGGGAGUUCAAUGGCCGCGUUGGCGUUUUCCCCUCUGUGUUGGUGGAAGAAUUAGCCGGGUCCGAGAACGGUGACUCUCAGUGGAUCGAAGACAUUCAGGUAUCCCCUUCCCCCAAGCCGCAGCCCGCCCUUCCUGCGCUGCCUCUGUAUGACCAGCCUCCCACCAGUCCCAUAUACAGUCCAGACAAGAGCGGCUCCAUAUACUUCCCACGCUCCCCGUCUGUGGCUGAAAACAACAUCAAUUUGGAAUCUCCUUCAGCAUCUCAGCCUCCACGGAUCACGCCCGACGGGUUUCACGGCAAGUUACGCCCCGUGCGAGCGGCCCCCCCGCCCCCCACACAGACCCACCGGCGACCACCGGAAAAGACAGAAGAUGUGGAAAUUACGUUGGUUUAACAACGACACCUGGGAAUCUCUGCUGCAGUCAAGGCCCAAAUAAGUCAUUUGGCCCCGAACUUUUAGGCACCUUCGGCACAUCGAGAAGCUGAGUAAUGGAAGCGAGAACGUGUCGGACUUAUGUGCCUUUUUUUGUUUGUUUUUAUUCAUGUUUUAAUUCGGAGUGUAAUCUAGCCUCCCUUAGCAGAUACUAACGGGGUGAGAAUGUGCAAUCAUGAGGAAUGUAAUGGCAGUGGUAGGGUUGAGGUUUUGUCGGCACAAUUCUAGGGAAGAGGAAAAGGCGCCUGAUGUGCCGGCUCUUUCUUGCUGUAUCUCUUUUUCUUUUUUUCUCCCUGUCUCCAGAUAUUAACUUUCUGCUGAUAAUUAGUAGUUCUCCUCCUUAUAGUGACGCCAGUUAAAGAUGCAGGAUUAUUAAUGUCGCAGUAGAACUUGUACCAAGAUGGGCAAACUCAAAAGCCAUCAUUUAAUCAAACCUCGCUGGAUACAAGAUUGCGCUGUUGUGAAGCUGCUCGUGGUGUACGGUCGUGUUCACUUAUCAGAAUGGGAACGGAUCUCCUAAGGGGACUGCGCUAUAUUAUCUCAGAAUGGGACUACACUACUACCACCACUUCUUGUAUUAUAGAUGAAGGUGACCGGAUGUCAGACAGCGACUGUGGUAUUAUCACAGAAGGUGAUUGGAUCUCGGGCCGUGGUUUUGAUAUCCGUUCCCGCGGUGGUAUCGCAGGAGGUAAACUUAUCUCAGACUAAGACUGUGCUGCCAGGACACGUGGUAGUAUUAUCCCAGGUGAAUGGAUCUCAGACCAGGACUGUGCUGCCAGGACACGUGGUUGUAUUAUCAUAGGAGAUGAUCGCACUUCGGACCGUGACUGCGCUAUCAGUGCUCAUAGUAUUAUAUCACAAGCAGAACGGACCUGGAAACAGGAUUGCGCAAUUAAUUCUCACAGGCUGGGGAGAAACAAAAGAGCUGCAAGCUGCAUCCAGGGUCCCUCGACCCUUGAAGGCUACAUCAUGUGCACCAACCGCGUGGGCCUGGUAGACUGCAUCAUGAGCACCAACCGCGUGGGCCUGGUAGACUGCAUCAUGUUCACCAACCGCGUGGUCCUGGUAGACUGCAUCAUGUGCACCAACCGCGUGGGCCUAGUAGACUGCAUCAUGUGAACCAACCGCGUGGGCCUAGUAGACUGCAUCAUGUGAACCAACCGCAUGGGCCUGGUAGACCGCAUCAUGUGCACCAACCCACGUGGUCUUGGUAGACUGCAUCAUGUGCACCAACCGCGUGGUCCAUCAAUGGAACAUUGCGCAGGGCGGCUGUAAAUCUGUCCAUGAGUUUGUGUCCUUUAAAUGCCCAAAAAUGUGAUGGAUCCAAUUGCUGAGUAUGUCCCAUGUACAGCAGUACCAUGUAAUGAUUAGGCUACAGAACGAGCCAGGUGUUGGUCUGCAAGCUGGUGGUCUUUCCAAUCCAAUCUGAAGUAGGCCUUUUAGGUCCGAGCUCUAGAACUCAAGUUAAUAUUAAUACUGUAUUGUGUUGUUAAUCCUAUCACUGCUGUGGUUGCACCGACCGGGGGCUGGUCAGAGGCGCCUGUGCGUAGGCUCGUAGGGGGUCCUCAUAGAAUAAUUCUAUUAUAUGUGUUAGUACAGUAUAUUACUGUGUUCAUAGGAAUGUGUUUAAAAUGAUCCUGAUUCUCCAGUUAUCUGUAUAUUGAAAUGAAGCUAUUCCGUUGUAACACACAGAACACUGGCGCGUUGCAGAGCAAUUCGCCGAUGAGCUGUGGGUGCUGCAGAACGGGUUACACAAAGGGAAUUAAGGGGCUGGCUCCUCUCAUUACUAAUCCAGAUAUUGAAAAAAACAAAAAACCCUAGAAAAAAAAUAUAUAAUUAUAUAUAAGUAUAUAUAUAAUAUGCUGUAAAGACAUAUGAUUAAGCACCUCUCUCCAAUAAUUAAUCAUCCAGAACCAGUGUAAUGAACUUUAAUAUUGAUACUUACGCAGCUCAUUUCAUCUAGUCGUGGCACUGCCGCUACUAGUGCCAUAUUACCCUCCUUCUGCCUCACUCUAUACAGUCUCAUUUGAAGCUAGAGACAUAGCUUUAUGUAUAAAGUAAUUCUAUAUACAGCUAUUUUGUGGGCCGAGGCAAUAUAUAAUCUGUCCGUUUACUGGGAAUGAAUGAUACCCCCGAGCCAUGAGGAAAAAAGUUCCUCAAGCCUCGGUGAUGUUGCAAGGUCUCUAGAAUAUUGGGUCAGCCCACAAAAUGGAUGCGCACAUUUCAACUGUACCCAUUUUGUACAAUCUUUAGCUUGCUUAAGAGCUAAAAAGCGUAACUGAAUGUAAACCGCUGGACUCUUCAGUAGUCAGAGACGCAUAUCAGAAAGUCCAGUUAUACGCCAAUCCUACAAACGCUGUCUUACCGUGUUCUUGCCUCCUUUUGUGGGCUUAGUUAGAAAUGGCUGCUAUUAGCCUUUUCUCCAGACAAUAACACCUACAAAGUGGGAAUUGAUUUUUACCUCACACCAUAAAGGCAGCCAUUUUGUGUCAGAGACGCAUAUCAGAAAGUCCAGUUAUACGCCAAUCCUGCACAUGCCGUCUUAUUGUGUUCUGGUCUCCAUUUAUGGGCUUGGUCAGAAAUGGCUGCCAUUAGCCUUUUAUCCAGACAAUAACACCUACAAAGUGCGGAUUGGUUUUACCUCACAUAGUGAAGGCAGCCAUUUUGUGGGUUAAAGCAGUGUUUGGCUAUGCCAGUAGUUCUUCGUAACUGGCUGACAUCUUACAGAACGGCUGCCUAAACUGUGUAUGUGGUUGGCAGGUAGUCUUUAAUACCUUAAAUGUUAGUUCUCUGGCUGUUCUAAAUGUAUUACUGUAGGGUUUAUCCAAUUAACUAAAAUCCAUAUAAUGCACAAGUGUCAUCACAUGUAUGCAUACCUUUUAUAUGUGCUUGAACUGUGUCUAGAUAUGUCACCACAUAUCAUCCGCGCUAACGUCAUCCCUUCAGCAUUCGUAACACGUGUUUAUCAUGACCUCCUAUAGAGUAUAAAGGACAUUAAUGUCAACAUUUGCGUGUGGGCGAAGUUACAUGCAUGUUGCAGUCUGUAUACUUGUCACUAACAGACAGGGGAGACAGACAUCGUGUGAGCUUAAUAAACACUUGCUGGAAGCCAGUAAAACAUCUCCGAGGCAUGAGGCUUUUUGUGCCUCAGGGGUGUCUCUAUCUCAGAGUGAAUUGGUAGAGUUCAUGUAUGACGGCUCAAAAUAUCUGUCUCCCGUCACUGUAACGAGGUGACGAGUAUGCAUUAGUGACUCUCCAUACGCAGGUGGUAAUCCGGAUUAUUUAGCUGUACAGUCCAUUUUGAUUACAGCGUAUAUACGUUGUAACUGAUUCCUAAAAUGCUCGCUUUAUGCAGAUAUAAUAAUCAGAUUGUACUGAGCACAGACAGAGGCUGGGGGUUUAAAAAUCCACAGGUAAUUCUAAGUAUUUAAUGAUAAACAGUAGAGACUUAAUUUGGCUAUCCUGUGAUUGCUAUAAGAAUCUUAAUUGCUUGGGAAAAAAAAAAAAUGAUUUGCGGAUCAUUAAGCGAGUUUUACGCCAUAGUUAUAUUACAUUUCUGGUUCAUGUUGCAUAUAUACUAUAUAAAUGUUUUUUUUCCUUCUCUGUGGCCAGAUAAGGAGAAUGUAACUGUACUCAUAGGAUUGUCAGCAAACUAUCACCAUUACCGCGCUGUGAAUUCCUACAUACAGAGGAAGACAAAAUGGUUGUUGCGCUGUUCAAAUGCUUCUAUCUUGUAUCUUCUUUGAAGAUUUGUUUAACCCCCCCCCACCACCUUUUUCCUUCCCCCCCCCCCCCCACCAUAAAUUUCGUCUGUCUACAUUGUCUCAUUGUCUGUACGCUAAUAUUACUUUGAAAUAACAUGAGCAAAUAUUAUUUAGCUUUUUAUAAAAGAAAAAUAUAUAUAUUCGCCAUUUAUUAGCCGAGCGCGGGUCUGCUGCAGAUUCGGGGUGUGUUUACCGGCCACCCUUGCACGAUGGGGGCCGCCAUUUUGCCCAGUCUUUAUGAGAAUGCAGCGUAUUAAUUCACUGAAGCAUGAGGCACGGAUGCCUUGUGCCUCAGCCGUGUCACUGCUCCGAAUGAAUGGAUAGGCUGAAUUGGUUUAGCCCGCAGUGUGUCUGCCUCCACUGUGUAGAGGUAAAUUGUCGUUUUUAAAUCAUUUUUGACCCCUCCAGGUUUUGGCCAGUUUUUUUCGCCUUCCCACCUUUCAUACGUUGAAAAGAAAAAGUGUUAUCUGAAACUCUGAAAGAAAAAAAAAACUAUAUAUUUUUGGUAGGUAUGAGCUGCUAAUUUUAUUUAACAGAACAUUGUACAAAAACAAAAUAAAUAAAAAAUUCCUGUUGGUAAGCUGAUAUUGCACCUGAUAUCACCGUGUACAGUUGCCCAGUGCAGAUUAAGCAGGUUCUUGCUUCUUUGUAUUGGCUGUAAAAAGUUUGUAUUUAUUAUGUAUAAAUUGUUGAAUAAUAAAAAAAAGAAAAAGUGAAAUAUACAA